CUGUGGGAAUCCACGGCGCGGCGCGGCGGGCAUCAUGUGCUUGCGUACUUGCUCCGGCCGGCACACGCCAAAUGCCAGCCCCCGGCUGGUUCGUGCUCGUUCUCCGGGUCUGGUGCUCUGAUGCUGACAUGAUGCGCUGCGGUGGGGAUGGACGGUUCUUGGGGCCGCGCCGAUACGUUGCGGACACGACGAGGACACGGGCGCGUGCUGCAUCUCACGCGAGCACACGAACCGAACAAUCCUUGCCCUGCGCCGCUGCCACGUCCCGAGCGCUCUGAGCCCCCCACCGCUCGCAUGCGCCUGCUCAAACCGCAGGAGGCCGCCACCCUCCCGCGCGAGGCCCUCGAGGCGCACAUCGUCUCGCUGCUGCGCCGAUGCCCGGGCCUCCUCGCGCUCCGCGGCGCGCACGCCCACCUCCUCCGGCUCCGCCUCCCGCGCCUCACCGCCGCGUUCGCGCUCUCCAAGCUCCUGGCUUCCUGCGCCGCCGCCCGCGCCGCAGCCGUGGCGUCCUCCUCCUACGCCCGCAACCUGUUCGACCAAAUCCCGGACCCGACCGCCUUCUGCUACAACUCCCUCAUCCGCGCGCUCCCCGCAGCGGGCCCCGCCCUGGCCGCUUACCGCCGCAUGCUGCGCGCGGGGUCCCCACGCCCCAACAGCUUCACGCUCGCGUUCGCGCUCAAGGUGUGCGCGGCCGCACCGGCGCCCGCCGAGGGGCGCCAGCUGCACGCGCAGGCGUUCCGCCAGGGCCUCGAGCCCGGCGCCUACGUGCAGACCGGGCUGCUCAACCUCUACGCCAAGUGCGAGGAGGUUGUGCUCGCGAGGACGGUGUUUGACGGCAUGGCCGGGGACAGGAAUUUGGUGGCGUGGAGCGCGAUGAUUGGUGGGUACUCGAGGGUGGGGAUGGUGAAUGAAGCUCUGGGGCUGUUCCGGGAGAUGCAAGCGGCAGGGGUGGAGCCGGAUGAGGUCACUAUGGUCAGUGUAAUAUCUGCAUGCGCCAAGGCAGGAGCACUUGAUCUGGGAAGGUGGGUGCAUGCUUAUAUAGAUAGGAAAGGGAUCACGGUUGAUCUGGAGCUGAGCACUGCACUGAUUGAUAUGUAUUCAAAGUGUGGUUUGAUAGAGCGGGCAAGAGGGGUGUUUGAUGCGAUGGUGGAGAGGGAUACAAAGGCAUGGAGCGCAAUGAUAGUUGGAUUGGCGAUACAUGGUCUUGUGGAGGAUGCGUUGAGGCUUUUCUCAAGAAUGCUAGAGCUCAAGGUGCAGCCUAACAAUGUCACCUUUAUUGGCGUGCUGUCAACCUGUGCUCACAGUGGUUUAGUGGAUGAUGGGCGACGGUAUUGGUCUACUAUGCAAAAUUUGGGAAUCAAACCUUCAAUGGAGAACUAUGGCUGCAUGGUUGACCUCCUGUGUCGAUCUGGCCUUCUGGAUGACGCUUACUCCUUUGUUAUUGGUAUGCCUAUCUCACCAAAUUCAGUAAUCUGGAGGACUCUUCUUGUGGCUAGCAAAAGCUCAAACAGGAUGGAUAUAGUGGAAUCAGCAUCAAAGAGGCUCCUUGAGUUAGAACCUCUCAAUCCGGAGAACUAUGUUCUGCUCUCCAACUUGUACGCGUCAAAUUCCCAAUGGGAUAGAGUGAGCUAUAUGAGGAAAAAGAUGAAGGACAGCAAUGUUACUGCUGUUGCUGGUUGUAGUUCAAUUGAAAUAAACGGCUACUUGCAUAAGUUUGUGGUGAGCGAUGAUUCACACCCUGAAAUCAAUGAGAUAAGACUGGUUCUGAGAGAAAUAGCGGACCGGGUGCGACGAGCUGGCCACAAACCUUGGACUGCAGCCGUUCUACAUGACGUUGGUGAAGAGGAAAAAGAAGUUGCCCUUUGUGAGCACAGUGAAAGGCUUGCCAUUGCAUACGGAUUGUUAAAGACGAAAGCCCCCCAUGUCAUUCGGGUGGUAAAGAACUUGAGGUUUUGCCCGGAUUGCCAUGAAGUGACAAAAAUAAUAAGCAAGUCAUACAAUCGAGAAAUCAUCGUUAGGGAUCGUGUUCGCUUCCAUAAAUUCAGGGGAGGCAGUUGUUCUUAAUUGGACGCACGGUUGUCCGCCACGCACCGUCGAGCCUCCUGCCCUCCAUUUUCUUUUUCCAUGUGAGCGGACCCCACUAGGCAAUCUUAUCCCUUCCCUUCCAGCUUUCUUCCCCAAACGAUCUCCCUUUUCUCCAUUUUUUUGGAUGGGCAGCUUGGAGAUGCGGCCGGCGCGGAGGUUGUGCAACGGCGCACCGGCAGCCGUGGCAAGCGGGCCGUGGAGGUCAAGCAGGAGUCCCGCGUCCCGGGGGCAUCGCUACAGCUACGGCGCCACCGGCCAUGCCAAGCUCAGUCGCA